AUGGCGCCCCAGAAGCCCCGCUGCAACUUCAAGGAAUGCAGGUCCGCCGCCCAGCGAAUCGUCGGCGACUGCGGUUUCUGCGAUGGACACUUCUGCGCGAAGCACCGGUUACUAGAGGAUCACAAGUGCAGCGGAUUAGAAGACGUAAGCAUGAGCCCAACUCCCUCAGAAUCCAGCGACAGCGAAGACUGGGCCACAGAGUGGUGGCUGGUCGGGCUGGCCGAGUAUCUCGUAGACUCUGGUCUUCUCGAGGAGGAAUGCGGUGGUGGUUCAUGUCCCCCUUCAGAUUCACGUGUGCUAACUCCAAAUGACAAAUGCAGUGCAAGAAAGAAUCGCACGAGCGAAACGCGGCUCAGCUCGAGUCCGAGCGGACGCAGGUCAUCCGGGGAGUAUAAGGACCGGUCCGCCCCUCGAUCGUCUCGCAUGACAGCUAGACGACGCCGUCGUUCCCCGCCGGGAGUCCGACCGCGAGCCCGCGCUCCCAUCUUCUCUUCAUCCAACCCCCGUCUCUCUACCACACACGACACCCGUUAG